CACUGACAUCCUGCGCAAGCUAGUUGUUUGGUUUCUCGGGCACCAUGGCAGCUCGCAUUCCAGGGCCCUUUCUCCAGCAGACUCCCAUUGGAUUCCCAUCUUAUUGUCGUUUUAUGAACAGGGAUUGGAUGGCAAGGAAAGCCUUUGAAAAAAGCGAAGUCAACACUCGCGUGUACAAGGCAAUCUACGAGAAUUUCGGUGUCAGAGGAAAGAUUCCGAUUAACAGGUUUGUGGGCCGGAAUCGCAUACGUCUUCGUGGAAUCACGGAAGGAUACAACCGAGGUGCCAAAAGGUGGACUUGCAUGAACAAACACGGCUUCAUGAUGAUGUACAGAGAAGGUUGGUUGGUGAAGUACGGCUGGGAUCCAGACCGGCGGUCCUGACUCUCACUGCAAAGCUCCAAGCGAGAGAUGCCAGCCUUGACUUGAUGAGCAAUGCAGAUGUUCAAUUGUUUCGGAUGCGAGUCCUCUACAUAAUAACUUGAUGACGAUGAAAGAAUAACAAUAUAUUGGAUGACAUGGUUCACUUGGG